UUGAUGCAGAAGUGACGACUGGAGGGCUAUUGUAUGCUGGAUUAGUAGCAGCCUUGUGAAUCCAGCCUGAUUUGGGUUAUGAUGUGGAUUUGAAGAGACCACACAUGGACAUGUUUAAAAGGUGGAUCCAUGUGCUCUGCUAAUAGAUCUUAUCGAAAGUGUCAGAUGAGGAUUACCCCGAAUUCCAGGGCAGUGAGUAGGAACUGUUGACCUCUGUCCUUCACAAUGGGAUCAUCCACGUUGGGAAAGGCAGCAUCUCUUGAUGCUCUCUUAAAUGAAUGCAUUCAUGCAUUUGAUGACAAUGGACAGCUGCAGGCCAACCAGCUUCCUCGCAGCCUGCUGCUGAUGCAUCGCUGGUACGUCACAUCCUCAGAACUGGCGGGAAAACUACUGAUGAUGUACCGUGACUGCAAAGGUGACACAUGCCAGAGAACCAGGCUGAAGAUUUGUUAUUUAAUGAGGUACUGGAUAGUGACAUUCCCUGCAGAGUUCAACCUGGACUUGGGUUUGAUCAGGAUAACAGAAGAGUUCAGAGAUGUGGCUGCUCAGCUCGGCUGUGAGAAGCAUCUAAAACUCCUUGACAUCUCAACCAUUCCGUCAUAUGACUGGAUGCGCAAGUUAACCCAGCGGAAGAAGCAGGCUAAGAAAGGCAAGGCCUCACUGCUCUUUGAUCACCUGGAGCCCAUGGAGCUGGCCGAACAUCUCACCUUCCUGGAGUUCAAGUCCAUCCGGAGGAUAUCGUUCACUGAUUAUCAGAGCUAUGUGAUCCACGGGUGCCUGGUGGACAACCCGACUCUGGAGCGCUCCAUUGCUCUGUUCAACGGAGUCUCACAGUGGGUCCAGCUCAUGGUGCUCAGCAAGCUAACCCCUCAGACCCGUGCGGAGGUUAUUACCAAAUACAUCCAUGUGGCUCAGAAACUUCUGCAGCUGCAGAACUUCAACACUCUCAUGGCAGUCGUGGGGGGGCUGAGCCACAGCUCCAUUUCUCGACUGAAGGAGACUCACUCGUAUCUGGCUCCAGAAGUCAUGAAGAUCUGGAGUGAGAUGACAGAGUUGGUCUCUUCCAACAACAACUACUCUUGCUACCGAAAGGCGUUCAGUGAAUGCCAGGGCUUGAAAAUCCCCAUCCUGGGUGUGCACCUGAAGGACCUGAUUGCAGUGCAUGUAGUCUUUCCUGACUGGGUUGAUGACAGUAAUAAGGUGAACCUGGUGAAGAUGCAUCAGCUCUACAUGACCUUCAGUGAGUUGGUGUCAUUGCAGAGUGCCGUGGCCCAGGUGGAGCCCAACAUGGACCUCAUCUACCUUUUAACGCUUUCUUUAGACCUUUACUACACAGAAGAUGAGAUUUAUGAGCUGUCGUUGCUGAGGGAACCACGUAACCCCAAAUCAUUGCCUACCUCUCCAACAACUCCCAACAAGCCCCUGGCCCCACUGGACUGGGCCUCCGGUGUCACCACUAAACCCGACCCUUCUGUGGUCAAUAAACACAUCAGGAAGGUGGUGGAUUCUGUGUUCAGGAACUAUGACCAUGACCACGAUGGAUAUAUUUCUCAAGAGGACUUUGAGAGCAUUGCUGCUAACUUUCCCUUCCUGGACUCCUUCUGCGUUUUGGACAAAGAUCAAGAUGGAUUGAUCAGUAAGGAUGAGAUGAUAGCGUAUUUCCUUCGGGCUAACCCACUGCUCCAGUGUAAGAUGGGUCCAGGUUUCAUCCACAACUUCCAGGAGAUGACAUACCUGAAGCCCACCUUCUGUGAACACUGUGCUGGAUUUCUCUGGGGAAUCAUUAAACAGGGAUACAAGUGCAAAGACUGUGGAGUGAACUGUCAUAAACAAUGUCGGGAGCUGCUGGUCCUGGCCUGUAGGAAGCUGAUCCGCUCCAGCUCUCUGGGCAGUGUUUCUCCAUCCAGACUGACCCACAGCUCCCUGCCCAGCAGCCCUGCACUGCCCGCCUGUAAAGAUGAGGAUGAGGUGUUUGAGUUCCCAGCGGUCUCAUCAGCGGGUCCGCCUCUGGACCCUCAGUCCAUCACCCUAAUGACCGGCUCAGCCCAGAGGAUCUCUGUGCGUCUGCAAAGGGCCACCACCAGCCAGGCCACCCAGACCGAGCCCCUGUGGCCCGAACACAGCUGGGGGUCCACAGAUGGCGGCUCGCACACCUUCCCCAAAAUGAAAUACAGGACUCACAGGAAAGCAUCUAAAAAUAAAGGGUUUGCCCGCUGGGAAAACCAGAACGACGGGCAGCGCCACGCAGAUUCCUCUCUGUCCUCCACGGACUCUCAGGAGAAGUCUCGUGUCUCAGGAGAGCACGUGCAGAAUGGAAUUACACACAGAGGCAAGGACAGCUGACUUGGUCACGGUGGAGACGGCCAGUCCCAGGGACCCAGAAAGGCCCUAGCAGCUGGAUCCAGGAAGCUCUUCUGUCUAGGGGAUGUGCUGGGCUGUCUGAGGUCCCCCUUCAGUGACCUGGAGUUAUCAUGUCCUCUCCAGACGUAAGGUCAGACAGAGCUCUCGGAAGGACAUACUGCAUGAUGGACAGGAGCUCAGUGGAUACUGGACUGAAAACCACCUCCACCCUCAUCUCCAGUGCAGUGCAAUCAGAUGAGGAGCAGUGUAGAUUACUGGGACGUGACGUAUGUUUGAGUUUUGAUCCAGGAAGUACAUAAUAUCAGCACUGGAAAAAAAUGGGACAUUUUUUUAAACACGAAGGUGUGGACUGCAUUCAGCUCAGUGGAUCACUGCCGGCCAGUCACUUCAUGUAAGCCAGCUUUAAAUCCAGCUUGGGCACAUUAUGACAAAGAACAAACCAGGACCAGAAAGUGGCAAGCAAGUACUCAGUGGUCACUUCCCAACUUGGAGUGAUCAGGAAUAAGCAUGGCAGAUGUGGGAGUGUGUGGAGAUAUUUAUAUGUGGAGUUGCAAAAAAGGGAAAGUCAAACUGAAAGCGAAUGUUAAGGGCAUCCAUCCUUACCGUCAUAUAGAAUAUUGAUGAUGGACGAUCCUGCAAAAGCCUGGAUUAUGUUAAAUUAUGUUUUUAAGUGUUCAUUGACAAUGUUUUUUUAAUUAUUUAUUCUCACAAAUAUCUGCACCUCGCAACUACAGUGAGGUUAACCCUCCCUUUUUCUGAAGGGUCAAAAAUGACCCAUUCAUGAAUUUCACUUCAGAGACUACUUCCCCAAAAGAGCAGUUUUUUUUUCUGCAAGUCGUUUGAUGGCAUUUCCUGGCCUGACCCCAGCAUUAGGAAAAGUGAAUCACUGUCAAAUAUAUACUUAAAAAACCUGCGCAUCAUCAGGUGUGAGAGAUUUCGAAGCCUCAGUUAAAAACAAAUCAAACAGAGAAAUUUUGUGAAGUACAUUACACAUUGUUGUGUGUAUUUCUAUUUCAGGUGUACAUUUACUGUCAUAAUUAAAUGAAAAACGUGCUAAACAACAGUUUUUGUUUUGUCACAUGCACAUUAAAAUCAAAUCAUCUG